GUUUGACGUGCAGAAGAGAAACUGCCGUCCGACGACUUUUUGUAUGUAGAGAGAAAAUACCGUUAGAGUGAGCUGCAGAAAGAAGUAUGUGUAUACUGUAUAGUCUCAUUUUCCUUACAGUAGGGUUGCCACUUUUUACUCGGCUGGACUGGUUUCUCUACUAGUGUUAAAGACGGCUGCUGCUGCUGGAAAUGUCGACGAAAGCUUUUCAAACUCAGUUGAGUCAAGUUAUCCUGAAGAGAGCGCAGAGUGAAUUGGGUGAAGACGAGGAUCGCAGACAACAAGUGAUUGCCAUUGUCAAGAAAUUGAUGACUCAGCAGCCACAUUUGCAGCGCAUACGAUUAGAUGAGUAUUCAAUUAUUUGCUUCGCGCGCGGAUGCAAAUACAGUUUAGAGAAAAUCAAGAUAAAAAUUGAUUUGCAGUUCACUUUGAGAACGGCCCUGCCGGAAUUCUUUUCCGGAUGGGACCCGAUGAAACCGAGAAUCCAGGACGCACUUGCAUGUGGGUCGUUCCUCCCGUUGCUGGAUUACGACCAGCACGACAGAAAAGUGAUUAUUAUGCGGCCGGGCUGUUUCGAUCCAAUGCUGUUCAAACCGGAAGAUAUCGACAAAGCCAAUUUCAUGAUCUCCGACACCAUGGGCCGGGAGGACGAGCAAAUGUUUGUCACCGGCAUGGUCAUCAUUGUUGAUGUCCAGGGAUUUUCACUCAACCACCUCACCCAGAAGCCGCUCGCCCUCUUUAAAAAGCAGAUGUAUUUCUUGCAGAGCGCUCCGAUAAGUCCCAAAACGAUCAACUUUAUUCGAACCAAUUCCGUCUUCCAUUCGGCUUAUAAUAUGGUGACAAAUAUGCUCAACGAUAAAAUGAAGCAACGGUUAAAGGUGCACGGGUCCGAUUUCCAAUCGUUGUAUAAAGAAAUCGACCGCAGAAUUCUCCCCAAGGAUUACGGUGGCGAUGGACUUUCACUUGCAGAACUCACUGAUUUAUGGAAACAAAAAGUCGAGGAGCAAAGGGAUUCCCUGAUGGAAUCGGAGAGGAAUUUGCGUGUCGACGAAUCGAGACGUCCGGGUAAAGCCAAGACGGCCCAAGAUAUUUUCGGCAUCGAAGGAUCAUUCCGCAAACUCAACAUAGACUGAAUUUAAUUUUCCAAAGACUAUAACUUGCUAACAGUGAUAGUUAAUCCGUUUAUUCUGGCGAAAUCUCCUUAUUAUGACCCACUCAAUUGAAUAGAAAUAUUUACAAACUUUU